ACUUUAAACGCUGCACGGUCGUACUCUCUCUCCUGCACGCCAUAUUAUGCAUCGUUGAUCUGCACACGUCUGUUGCUGCCACGGAUGUCGCACGCUCAUACAUCGUCUUGAGGCACUCUCAAAAACAAAAUCACGGUUUAGUAACGCAGUAACGCAGCGUGCUUACAGGAAAGUAACAGUAAUCUAAUUAUUUUACUCGUUACUUCAAAAACGUAAUCAGAUUACUUGUGUUACUGCCCAUCUCUGGUGACGAAUAAGAGCAAAACCUCAUGAAUGACAAAAGAGAAAACACACGUGAGCCUUGGACAUUGUAGACUCCUCACCUGAAAACUGCAGAAAUUAAAAUGUAAAAAAAAAAAAUCAUAUUUAAGUAAAUUUCUCAUUUUGAAUACGGUCCUGAUUCUUAUCCCACAUCUGUUUAGUGUUUUUCCAACCUGCAGAAGUAGACGAUGGACCUAAUAACAUCCCUGUAAUAACAUCAAUAGAACAUCAUUAGAAAAUGAAUUUACUUCAACAAUUUUUAAAAAAUAAUUAAGAUAUUUUUAUUUGAUAAAGGCAAUGCAGAAACUGAUCAGCUGCAGGACAGUUUAUAGCUACAGCCAACCGUCCACCUCUGACCCUAUACUCUACACAAUGUACAGUUCAAACUUACAGUUGUCACUCAUAAACUACACAUAGAAAUGGUCAGAAGAUCACAAUAACUCUUAACUGAGUCACUCUGACAAUAAACUCGAGGUCUGACAGAAACCAAAAGUUGGCUGUAGAGCCUCUCAGCUGCUCCUUUUGCUGUUGUGUUAACACAAACCUUAGAUGUUUGUGAUGUUCAUAAACAUACGCUUUCUCUCUGCGUGCAGUUUUAUCCAAAAAGACUCAGAAAUAAUUCAUGCUAGCGCCGCACUGUCAGUUGUUUUUAUUUACGCUUCACUGAGAGGCUAUCAAGCUUGACACUGGAUAUUUUAGGAACCUGUUUUCUUUACUAACAGGGAUCUCAGCCAUGACAUUAAAAAAAAAAGGAAGAAUAACUUGGAAUCAAGCCGACUGUGAGCACAGCAGUAGUAAAUUAACUGUAGAUCAUUUACAUUGUAAACUUGGGUUGUAAAUGCAUAACAAAAAUGUUUUUAAUCCAUGCGUGACUCAUCUCCAGAUUUCACCACUACUUUCAGGCAUGCUGUAAAGAGGCAUUUAACAGGCAUUAAAUUUGAAAAAGGCAAUAAAAGACAGAUAAACAACAAUAAAUCCCACUUUUAGAACUCCAUGUAUCCAAACGCCUGCUUUCAUGACUCAUAACCUUGAACUCUGAAGUAAAAACGCUCUGAAGAAUGCGAGUGACCAAUCAACAUAUUACACACAAUGUAAUUACUUCAGUGUAUUUCCCAGAAUAUGCUGCCUUAAACACGCUACUGUAAUUUUAUCAUAACAUCCAGAGUUCAAAGGAGCGGCAGGCUGACAGGCACACUUAACAGAUGAGUGUUGUGCUUGCAGCGAUAGUUUAUAGAGAUGAGGAGAUAUGCUAUAUUUAUACAGAAAUUUGGCCCUCAGUGGUUUCCAAAACAUGCCAGAAAACAGCAGCAGAUGAGCUGCGUACUCUGACAGAGCAAAGUCCGUCCACGUCUCCGUGACAAUGUUUUCAUGUGAGGGGAAACGAAAGCGAAAUAACGAUCAGCAUUUAUGUCAAAUUAAGUUAAAGAUGCCGUACAGAAUCAAAAGGACAAAUGAGAUCUGCUUCUGCAGAUGCUUACAGUGAUUUUUAACUUGUUGGGCAACUCCGUCAUUUAGUUCAAAUGGACCAAAAACAGAAGCGGUGCUGAAGGGGGGUCCGGGGUGGCAUCGACCCAUAAGUAUUACUGAAUGUGUACGCAAUGUGUUGUUUUCCUGUUGCGCUUUUAGAGACCAGUGGAGUCCAGAUUGGAAAUGCAGUUUGCUGAUAAGCUCAGUGAUAACGAAGAAAACGUGUCGCUGUUUUCUAGCAACAUUUACGAUCAGUUAUUAAUUAGUGGAGCUCAAAUAAGUGAUUAACUUUAUAUGGCUCCUUCACUAAAAUGCUGUUUUCUAACUUUUUCUUUAUAUAUUUGAGAGUUUUUUGUCACAUAAUUGUUUAUUUUUUGUUGAUUGUCAGCUUUUAUCUCAGUAUUUUUUUGUACAUUUUUUUUAAAGAAUUUUACCUGAUUUUCCCUUUACAUAUUUCUCUUAAACUUGCCAUUUUUUCAUAAAUUUGCCUGUUUUUUCCCUGUAAAUGUGUUAAGAAAUACUGUAAAACUGUAAUACUGAUAAAUUUGACUGACUAAUUUAUUCCUUUAUUCUUUUCUAAAUCUGUUUCCAGGAUUGUUUUUCUCCCCCCCGUCAUUGCCAAAUGCUUGCUCAUAGGGGACUGUCUGUUCAUUGGGUCUUUCUCUGUGCAGCAUAAAGCACCUUCAGAUUACUUUUCCUUUUGCUGAAACGGUGCUUUAUGAGUAAACUGUUGAGUACAAUUUUAAUGUACUGUACUUUAAGUAAUUUGACACCUUUCUACUUCGACUACACCCGACUUUGGAUGCAGAUAUAGUUCUUGGUACUGUAUACCGUGCAUACCAGCUUUAGUUACCUAUUAUUUUUCAAAUUGUAUAACUCCACUAAUACACUGAAUUGGUGAAGUUAUAUUAUUAAAAUAAACCCGUACAGCGGUAUAUAAGAAAUUCAAAUUAAUUUCAAGACAAUUAGAGUGAUGUACAUACCAAUAAAUCAAAAUGUAGGAUUCACUAAAAUUGCAUGUAUGAUUUUGAAUAAAGACUGUUUAACUUUAAGUACAUUUUGAUGAUAAAACUUUAGCAUUUUCACCAAUUUUUUUUUUCACCUUUCAGAGUUCUCAGGAAAGGUAGAAGAGAGCAGGGGAAGGGCAAAAUUUCUAGCUUGCAGUAUGGGGUCACCUCCUUAACCUGGAGAGUUAUACUGGUGUAAGUACACAGUAUUUAAUGUAAUACUUCUGUAAACAGAGGACAGGGCUGCACAUGAGCCUGAAAAUCAAUGGCAUCCAUCAGUCAGUCCAUCGAGCCAGAGCUGAACCAAAGGUGUGACCAAAGGUGACAGCUGGAACAAAGGCCAACUUCAGAUCCGACUCAACUCUUUGUCACGAUGACUGCUUGAGAAUCCUCACAUGUACCAAUCUGCAGAUCCACCUCACACUCCACCUUCCCAUCACUUGUGAAUCCCAUGACGCUUGAACUCUCUCGCCUUAGGGCAGCUUUCUGUAGGGGACCCAAUGUUUUCUACCUGCCCUUCCCAAACCAUGUUGUCUUGAAACGCCCCUGUACAUUAGACGGGAUAUAUGACACAUCAGGGAUUUUGCACAGUGCGUGCACGGCAUCUGGAUUUAGGAGGCCUAAUAGUUUCCAGAAAGCAUCAGUGCUCUCCCUCCCUCCUCCAGUCACUCUGUGCGGUGUGGCUAAAUACACGCUGUAUGUCUGCACAUUCACCCUGACACAUACGACACAUUAAUCACAUGUAAUCAACAGUCGGGUCUCCUCUCUGUCAGCACUGUGGAAGCUUCUGCCCGCUGCCCUCGGCGUGAGCGCGCCUCGACGUUCCGCGCGCACGAGCAGCCCUGUUUGUUUGUGUUGAACGAUUGGAAAUGGCGGAGAGCAGAGACCAAAGCGAUAACUCGGGCUAGCAAACGCAAGUGCGCCGUCACUGAAACGCAGAAACCUUUCGCAAGUGGUUCUCGGAGUUACUUACGGUUUGCUGCUGCCGACGGGACACAAGUCGCACGCGAGGUGAGCGGAUUUUCGGAGCGAGGUUUGGAUUUAGCGGAGCUACUUAGCUGGCUAAGCUAACCGUGCUAGCAACCUGGCGUUAGCUGGCUCCGAGUGGUGUGUGUGUGAUUUUAAGCACGCAGGCUUGUUUGUCAACAUAAGCUGACGUUAAAUUGAUAGCGAGCCAGCUAACAUACAACUCCCCCGGUCACCCAGCUUAACCUGAGUGUGUUUAUAACAUGGUGGCCACAGCUGAGCACAGAUUUAUCUGUGCAAAGUGAGAGUGGAUAAAAAAGUCAGACAUCUGACCAUCCUGGUCGCCAGCAAGCUGCAAGUUAAGCUGGUCAGCCAAGUUAGCUAACUGGCUUGCUUUGCACACAGUCUAAACUGACUCUUUUGUUUGCCUGGGAAUUAAUCAGCCAGCGUGAAGCAAGAUCUCAGUGUUUGCAAGCUGAACGGACGGCUGAACAGUUGGAGGCCAACAGGCUUCUCCCUGCACCUGGGAUGGUGCUUUUUGACAGAGCGGCUGUGGAGCCAUAACCCCACCACCAUCAUCGUUCCAUCCUCUUGACUAUAAGCCGUUGGCCCACCACUGAUCUCACGCCCAGGCUCCCCUCCUUCCCUCAGCUUUGCUCAGUCCCUGACAAGGCCACCACAGCCACCACAUGACUCACCGACUGGAGCCCUAGAUCAAGUCAGUUAAAGCUGAAAAUGAGUGCAGUAGGGGAAAGCCCUCUGGACCCUGCCACGCCAGAGUCACGCAAGAGGAAGGGCUCGCCAUGCGACACGUCAGGGCAAAGUGCGGAGAAACGGAGACGGGAGCUGGAGUGCCGCUACAUCGAGGAGCUGGCGGAGCUGCUGUCAUCCAACAUGGGCGACAUUGCCAGUCUCAGCGUUAAGCCCGACAAGUGCCACAUCCUCAAGAGCACUGUGGACCAAAUCCAGCAGAUCAAACGGCGUGAGCAGGAAAAAGCAGCCCUCCUUUCUCCAGAUGAUGAGGUGCAGAAGAGCGACAUCUCCUCCAGUAGCCAGGGACUGGUGGAGAAAGAGGCGCUGGGGCCCAUGCUGCUAGAGGCGCUUGAUGGGUUUUUCUUCGUUGUCAACCGGGAGGGGCGCAUCGUCUUUGUUUCUGAGAACGUGACGAGUUACCUUGGAUACACCCAGGAGGAGCUCAUGGCCUCCAGCGUCUACAGCAUCCUCCACGUGGGAGACCACAACGAGUUUGUUCGUAAUCUGCUGCCUAAAAGCCUCGUAAAUGGUGUCCCGUGGCCUCAAGAAGCUGGGCGCAGGAACAGCCACGCCUUUAACUGUCGCAUGCUGAAGAGACCUCCAGACGAGGUGGAUUCGGAGAACCUGGAGGCCCGGCAGCAGUAUGAGAUCAUGCAGUGUUUCACCGUGUCCCAGCUACGGACCAUGCAGGAGGAGGGAGAUGACCUGCAGAGCUGCCUGAUAUGCAUUGCCUGCCGGAUGCCACGAACCCAGCCUGUCAGCACGGAGUCUUUUAUUACAAAGCAGGAUCCCACAGGGAAGAUCAUCUCCAUAGAAACUAGUGCUUUGCGAGCGACAGGCAGGCCUGGAUGGGAGGACCUGGUCAGGAAAUGUAUCUAUGCUUUCUUUCAGCCGCAGGGCAAAGAGCCCUCCCACGCCAAGAAGCUUUUGCAUGAGGUGAUGACACAUGGGACCGCGAUCAGCCCGCUGUACCAUUUCACUCUGAGUGAUGGCACUCCGCUUAGCGCUCAGACCCGCUGCAAGUUCUGCUGCCCCCCCAACCCUGAUGUACAGCCCUUCAUUAUGGGCAUUCACACUAUUGACAGGGAACACAACACUGCUAGCUCUCAGGAAAACACUAACCCCAGCCUUCCACCAACCCUCAGCGGUAUCGCCCAAACUCCCUCCCGCUCCCCUUCCCUUCCCCCCGGCGGUAAUUCAACCCAAGGCUCAAGUCUCGCCACCGCGGGCCUUCACACCAACAACAGCAAUGCCUCUUCCCACGGACAUAAUCCAGCCACGCCGACAGGCUACCUGACACCCAAUCGGACGAAUUGUCCCCAGCAGGUCAACAGCCCCUCUCCUUUGAGCAGCCCACUUACAGCAACCCCUACCUCUUUUAUGUCGCCCAGGAUGCCACGGGCCAGUCCUGGGUUAGGUGGGAGCCCUCGGGUACCGGGGAACCCCUUCUCUCCCUCCACACCAGGCCUCCAUUCCCCAGCUGGGGCUCUAAGCAGUGGAGGAAGCCUCAAUAGGCAGCAGUCUAGUGGUGAUGGCAACAGUAGCGCAAGCGGUGGGUCAACAGGGUCUUACUCCCUGUCCUCUCCGGUCCUUCAAAGACAAGCCAGUACACCCACCGGCUCCUCUACUCGACCUCCAUCAACAAAACCCUCAGAGGGAGGUGAAGAAGGGGGAGAGGACUCUGUUAAAGCCCCCCUUUCUUCUGCCUCACAGCUGGGUAACCCCAGACUUAAUCAGCUCCUGGAUAGCAAUGGGACAGGAGCUGAAUCUAACAACAGCAACAGCAUCCACUGCACCUCCUCACCUCAUCCACCUAACCCUGCUCCUGCCCCUCAGUGCCCUGCCUCCCACAGCAGUCUCACUGAAAGACACAAGAUCCUCCACCGGCUGCUUCAGGACAGUAGUCCCAACGAUGCCUCCACCAACAGCGAGGAAGGAAUAAACAAAACUGAAGUUGAGAUCAAGAAGGAGCCACCUGCCAGUCCGGCGCUGGGUGCAGGACCUCCUAAGAGCGACUCGAGAGAGCCACAGGACCACCAGUUGCUUCGUUUUCUCCUGGGUACAGAUGAAAAGGACUUGGACGACCUGCCACCUCCAUCUGCUCUGAGCCUUCAGACAGUGAGAAUUAAGGUAGAGAAGAAAGCUGGUGGGGAGGGAGUGACCUGUACAGGGUCAGCGGUUGGCACAGGAGGUGCAGCCAAACUUGGAGGAGUGUCCAGCAGCUCGGCUUGUAUCAGCCCAAGAUCGAGCCCUGUCGGAGAAAACCGCAGAGACAGCCGCAAAGACAGCCGAGACUCCAUGAUUUCUAGUGGAUCUGUUGAUAUGGAGCCUCUCUCCCAGAUGCUGCCUGGCUUCAGAGGCCCAGCUGGGGCCAAACAGGGCAGUGAGGAUACAACAAACCCUGGAGGAGGCCCCCAACUUCAGUCUCCGGGCCCCCAGCCCCCAGCUACGCUCCAGUCCCCUGUGCCUCAGCUCCAGUCACCCCUGUCCCAGCCCCAGCCUCAGUCCCUCCCACAGUUGCAGUCUCCAUCGCCUCAGCUUCACUCCCCUUCCCCCCAGCUCAAACUGCAGUCACCCACUCAGCUCCAACCCGGCGAUGCCAGCACUCCCCGCAAUGUAAAUGUGAAGAGAGAGCCUCCUGGCACUCCUAACAGAGGGCUCAGUGAUGGCAGACCGCCCUCUGGCUGCAGCCUUCAGAGUCAGUCUUCAUUUGAGUUCUGCAAUCCCGCCACUCCAAGCCAACAACCGGGACAAGGAGACCCCUUCCAGACCCCCAUAGACAGCAGUCCAUUUCCAGAGGCCGAAGUUAUGAACCCUUUCACCUCAAGCACUGGUCUAACCAAGAUGGAUGUGGGUGAUUCCCAGUUUCAGCCUCUGGCUCUGUCUGACACCCUGACGUUUGAUGGUCUGGGAACUCCUUUGCAGGCUCCUUUGGCAUCACCACAAGAGCAGUGUGUGCCCUGUACGCUGGAUGAAGUGCUUGGCCCUCCAACCACACCUGAAGCCCGGAACGAUGAGAAGGCUCUAUUAGAGCAGCUGGUUAACUUCCUCAGUGGGACAGAUGAAAGCGAACUGGCUGAGCUGGACAAAGCCCUGGGUAUCGACAAACUGAUACAGGGUGGCUGCUUUGACCCUUUACCUCAAAAUUUUCCACCCCAGCAACCCACUGCCACCCCAGUUUCCAUAGACCCUAAACUCCCCACCUACCCUUCCCAAUUUACACCAGCUCCACAAGCUCCUUUUCCUCCAGAGCUGGGCACGGUGGGGGCGCAGGGUCUGGGGUUCGGAGCCCCUCGAGGGGCCUUCCCCGGUGGGACGGGCAUGGGGCUGAGGCCAGGCAUGACCAGACCACAGGGGAUAGGUAAUCCGGUCAGGCUGCCACCCAACCAACUGCGCCUGCAGCUGCAGCAGAGACUACAAGGCCCGCAGCAACUCCAGAACAGGCUGGCAGGGAUGAAUCAGUUUCCAGGAGGAGCCCAGCAUGUGAACAUGGGGAUUCGUCAGGGGGUGCAACAACCUCAAAUGCCCUCGCAACAGCCUCCGCUGAAUGCCCAGAUGCUGGCUCAGCGUCAGCGGGAACUCUACAGCAUCCAGCAUCGCCAACGCCAGCUAUUCCAGCAGAAGGUCAUGCUGAUGAGACAGAACAUAGCAGGCACUCCCACUGGAGCCGUGGGGCCCAUUGGGACUGCCAGGGUCCCCAAAGCUCCCCCCACACCGACUCAACAACAGCAGCAACAGCAGUUCAACUUCCCACCAGGGUACAACCCGAUGACGGGAAACCCUCCUACCUCACCAAGUCACUUCAGCCCCAUUACCGGGGGCCCUCUGGACAACAAGCUGCCCGGCAGAGUUCCCCUGAACAACCAGACGUUGAUGGGUGGUGUGCAGGGCCAGUUCAACAGCACUGUCAACUCCUCAUUGCAGCAAGGCCUGUUUCAGCAGUUUGGAGGGUCCGCUGUGGUCCAGCAAGACCCACCGUUUGCUCCUGAGAUGAGCCCCUCCAGCCCACUGUUAUCACCUCAGAACUCCACCUCCCAGAGUCCUCUGCUUCAGCAAAAUCCAUCUACUGGCUACCAGUCACCCGACAUGAAAGGCUGGCAACCAACCAGCGUGGGCAGCCUGUUCAGUCAGUCAGGACAGAGUGCAGGGCAGGCGUUUGGCCAGCAGGGGGUUUAUAACAACAUGAGCAUCACCGUUUCCAUGGCCGGGGGCUCGAGUGGCGUCAGCUCAUUACCUCCCAUUGGGCAGUCAGUUGGCUUGAGCAACAGUAACCUCAGCAACGUUGGUUCAGUGUGCAGCGACCAGCAGGUGCAGCAGGUCCAGGUAUUUGCGGACGUCCAGUGCACAGUGAACCUUGUUGGCAGUGAUUCCUACCUGAACCAGGGCUCCAUCGGAGCUGCGGCCUCCCAGAAGGGCCCCGGACCCCAGGGCUCCCAGAACAACCAAGCCCAGCAGAAGAGCCUCCUCCAGCAGCUGCUCACUGAGUGACACCCCCCACCUCUUCAGCUCUCCUACUCUAUCUACUUCUCACUUCUACGCCUCCUCCUUGGAGGGUCGGUGCACCAGACCCAUUGCUGUCUCUGUCUCACCUUUUGGAUGGAUCGAUGUACGGACGGAUGGUUGUUUGGACGGCCACAGAGUAGGCUCAGAGAGGUCUGGCUGUCGGUGGUUUUCGCAGCCUAACCACUUCUGUGCUGGGGAGGGGUGGGGGUGGGGAUUCAGGGCUGGUUGUUUGAUGCCCAGAACAUUUUAAGUCAAGACUGAAGUCAGAAGGAGCAGCAGUGUAUUUAAACCUGCCUGUCUAAUCUGUCUGACAACCUGUCUGUCUGCCUCAGCCUAUUAAAGGCAGUGUUGUCUUGCUGCUCAUUCCUUGGUGACCUACUUCCUGCUUCCUGACCCAAGAAAACAACUGCGACGUCAUUGUAGUUUUGCCAAGUUUUCGUCACUGUCAAAUCAGGGCCGGCCUCCUUUUUAUUUGUGUUUUAUAUGUUUUUGUUUGUUUUUUUGUUUUUGUUUUUUUCUGAUCGGACGGUUUCUGUCGAGCCGUCGAAACAGCAAGCAGCAGCAGCAGCAGCAGCGCAUCUCGGGAGCAUGAGUUGCAGCAUACAGCUGGGCUCAGUGUUUUUAAAGUGUUGGGAUUAUCCCACACAGCAGCACCUCUGGCUUUUAUUUUCGUUUGUUUGUUUGUUUGUUGUUGUUUUUGUUUUUUUUCUCUGCCUGUCUCUCAGCGAUGUGGGAAUGUUAAGGUUUCAGACCUCUGUGGCAUUGUGGGAUAGAAGCUCAGUAUCAGCUGGUUCUGUGACUGUCUCUCUCUAUCAGCUACAGUGCCUGGUGGAAGUUUGAGUUUUUCCCAAGCUCUGCUUCUUCUUCUUCUACUUCUACUUCUUCAACAUAUUAUUCUAUUACAUCAUUAUUUUUUUGUUUGUGUUUUGGGUUGGAUUGGGGGUUUUUUGUUUAGUAGUUUGUUUGUUUUUUUUUAAACUUCUGCUCUCGCCGUCAUCAUCAUCAUCAUCUUCACGAUCAUCAGAACAAGCUUUGGCAACAGCCAGGAUGGAUGGAUGGAUGGAUGGAUAGAUUGAUGGAUGGAUGGAUGGGAGACAGACGGGAUGCUGCUCAGUUUGGAACUUUACGUGUCUUCCUCCCCUGGGAGGAGGUUUUAUUUUUAUUUUUCUCAAAGUAUAAGAAAAAAGGACUGUUAUGAUUAUUUAACUGUCUGUCCGUCACAUUUUACCCCUCACCUCAGCAGCUGUGAAUACAGAGCCCCGUUGGGUUCUCUUCUCUCUUUUUCUCUCUCUCUGUGUAUCUUCAUGCUAUCUCUCAGCCUAUCAGUGUUGUUUGCCAUGUGCACCAUGCAGGCGGGUAGUAUUGUACAGUACAGAAGGACAAAGACUUGGGGAUGAGCUCACUCUUGUAACUGCUUUCCUUUAAGAAAAAAAAUGAGAAAAAACAAAGAAAAAAACAAAUGUAAUUAAUUGAUUACUCAGAAAAGCAAAACUUAUAUAUUAUAAUGUGAUUCGAUCCAGGUUUUCUUUCCUUUUUUUUGAGAUUAUUUUUUUUUGGGCAUCAUGAUAUUGUAACACAGCUACAUGUUGCGGUGGAGGAGGAAGACGUUAUUCCAGCUUCUAAAAUGUGAAAAUUUUAAGCGAUUUGGUUUUUGAAGAAUUAAAAAAAAGGUAGAUCUCGCUCCCUUUGGCGUCCCAGUCAGCACUACAUGAAGCCACACUUUAAAAAAAAAUGGGUUUGAUUGCUCUGCUUUCUCUCUUGUUGUAACCAGGGAGCUAGUUAGCCAUCUUUUCUCGCUUUCUCCUCUUUUUUUAUUCUUAUGUAUGUACAAUACUUUCAGAAAAACUUUUCAGACAGUACAUGUGUUGUAACCAUUGUAUAAAAAAACAAAGCAUAAUGAUAAACUGAAACCGCGCUCUUUGCUGUGAGCCGCAGCAAACGGCACGCUUUUGGAUAUUGUUCCUAUAUAAUGACAUUUAAGUAGAGGCUUUAGUGAUAGAAGUUCCUAACAAAGAUGUGAUGGAUAAUUGAUUUAAAGCUGUCAUGAAUUUGAAUCCAAACAGGAAGAGUUGCAAAAACAUCUUUUCAUUUUCUCCUCACCUCCUGGGAAUCUCUUUAUUGUUUUAUUUUUUUACGAGGGAUUCAACCCUCUUCUCCUUUCACCUCUGGUUUCCCUGAUGAAGACUUCACUCCACUGGCUACACACUCAUAUACAGUUUUCUGUUGACUACUGUUGCUCAGUCAGACACUGUGUCUCUCAGCGAUAACAGACCUCUCGUGACAAAAAAAUUCAAAUCUUAAGAUGUGCUA